CUGUCUGCUGUCUGUGUUUCUGUCUCCGUCCGUCUCUAUAUAUCGUCUAUCUCUCUGUCUCUCUGUCUGUGUUUCUGUCUCCGUCCGUCUCUAUAUAUCUCUCUAUCUCUCUCAGGGUUUACAGGGAAAGUUAGCUGAGAAAUCGAGGCGACCAAUUCUCGCAUGUCAUGUUGUCCUUCCCAACAACCCUGUGAUAGUCAAACAUUGAUAAAAAAAGCAAUAAUAUCAAUGGCGACAACUAUUAUUAUGUUUUUCUACUGGUUGAGCAACAAGCUUAUUAUGGCGUUAAAGCAAAAUCUAAAAAUAAGAUGCGCCUAUUCAACCAUGAGGGCGUAUCAACCUGACAUGUUUGAGUCAUGUUAUUGAGACAGCCACGGAGCAUUAUUGAUAUUAUUCAGUUAUGAUUGAAUACCUAUCCAAGCCGAAUUGCAACACAGAAUUCAGAGGGCCAUGAUGACAAUAUAUACAACUUCCUGCUGACUUAUCAAAGCAACAGGGCUGAAGUCCAGCACGGUUGAUACAGAUAGAAUGACACGCCCAGGAGCGUGAAAGAGUUUACUCCAGAUUCCAGUUGUAAGCACAGAAAUUAUCCCUACUCGUUCAUAUACUUUGAGCCCCGGAUGUUGAAACAUUGCCAGCAAAGUCUGAAUUGAUGGGGGGAAUACCAAGAGUCGCAGUGUCACUUUUUGCUGCAGACUACUGGAUACUUACAUUGUCAAACAUCAGGUACGUCAACACCGUGGCCAUGUGUGGGAACACCUACCUGACGUGCGUCAACACGUGGUCAUAUGUGGGAACACCUACCUGGGGUACGUCAACACGUGGUCAAAUGAGGGAACACCUACCUGAGAUAACCACAAACACAGUUGUGUGCAGCAUCCAUUUCAUGAAGGAUGACUUCAAAUGGACAGGAAGCCACCCUCUUGGAGACACUCUUGCCAUAGAGAUGAUGUUGUUCAAAAGUCUCAGAAAAUGUCACCACCUGAGGAAUCUCCAACAAGGAGCCCACCAGUCACCAUCUCUGAUACAUGCAGCAGAAUGUGAUGCCACGAUCACUAACCACCAGUCCUACAUAGACCAACUCAAUGAGAAACUACGUGAACAAGGGAGGCAACUCAAGGAAAAGGAUGACAAGACUGAAGAACUUAACAGACGACUUGAACUUGAAAAGUUUGGAGUUUGUAAAUUCAUGUAUGAUGAUAUAUUGCUGGAAUAUUAUACAGGAUUACCAUCAUUUCAAACAUUGCAAGAUUUUUUUGAUUUUAUCAAACCUACAUUACCAAGGUGAAUCCGGUCUUCCAAAACCAAACAGUUCUCACUCUAUUCCAUUAUUUGAGGAGUUAUUCAUGUUUCUUGUCAGAAUUAAGCUGGGUUCAAGUGAAGUAGAUUUAUCUGUUAGGUUCAAUUGUCAUGUCUCUACCAUAAGUAGAAAGGCUUUGACUUGGUGCAAUUAUCUCAAUGUGUUUUGGGUAGCAUUAACAUGUGGCCUCCUGCUGAUGUUGUUCUGGAAAAUACGCCUGAAGACGUCCGAUUGUUAUACCCUAGAACUCGAGUCAUCAUUGACUGCACGGAAAUAUAUACCAAGAGACCCUCCUCUGUACAUUUAGGUUCCCUACUGUAUUCUCAUUACAAGAGUAGGAAUACAAGGCCAGGCCUGGUGGGUAUUGCUCCUCAUGGGGCAUUAACCUUUGUAUCUGCCAUGUUCUCAGGUUGUAUGUCUGACACGGAAAUCACCAAACAGUGGACUCUUGUCAUUGCUUGAGCCAGGGGAUGUCAUCGUGGAUGGCAAGGGUUUUCUUAUAGGCAAACUAUUGGAAGGAACUGGUGUGUCAAUAAAAACUCCUCAUUUCUUGAGUCCUGCUUGUCAAUUUGAGCAAACCGAAAUCGAAGAAAAUCGACAAAUUUCCAGUCAUAGGAUCCACAUUGAAAGGCAUAUCAAACUAGUAAAAGAGUACCAUGUACCAAAUGGUACAGUUCCCUCAUCAAUGGCUUGGUCAAUCAGUCAGCUGUGGGGUGUAGUAAACUUACUAACCCUGUUUAGAAGGCCCUUAUAGCCAAGGGAGAUAAGCAAUAUUCAGCAUUUACAGCUCUUAGCCUUGAACAUCAAAUGUUGAUAUCUAAUUGUUUUGAACAGCAGUUUCACCAACAUUUCAUUUAUGUGAUAUUGAGUAGCUGGUACAUGUACUCUUGUACUCAUUGAAUAUCACCCCAAGUAGGAGUAAUACCUUGCCCAAGGGCACUAGCACAAGAAGAGGUAGACAUAUAAAUGUAAAUGAAUUUCUUCUGUAAUAUAAAGUCUUAGCUAACAGACUCUUGAAAUACAUUGAUGGAUUCAGAUGAGUAUUAAUGAAAAUGUCACAAUAACUCAGUUUGAGAUGUAACGUAUGUGUUGUUCAAUUUCAACUUGAUAAAAUAGGUAAUUCCAUCUUUUGGGAAUUUUCAUUUAUAGGUAAGAUAUUAUAAUGUGGUGUAAGGGGAGACAACCUGUGAUAAAUUAUGAAUUGUUCAUAUUUUCACUGUUAGCAAAAGGCAAAUGAAACCAGUUGUAAUUGUAAUUUAUCUGAUGAUGACUUAUGACAGAUUUUAUAUUUUGUAUCACAGACAGACAAUUCCUAUGAAGUAUUAUUACACAUGCUCAUACUGUGUUUCAGCAAAUUAUGUAUUGUAGAAUCAAACUUGACUGCCACUUCAUGACAGUACAUGACAUGUAAAUUGAGAUCUUCAAGCCCUUUAUGAUGCAUGUCUAUUAAUGCUGUUUAUGUCACAUGAAUGUUUGUCCUGCUUUGUUUUGUUUUGCGAUACAUUGGUAAGCUGGGUCCAGACAUUUUGCUUUUAUUGCUUACCAUUUCUUAAUCAUGGAUGACAGGAAAAAUGUGAGACCUUAUAUGCUGAUGGAAGUUAUCGCCCCUGGGUAAAACAUCUGUAAUUUAAUAUUGAAGUUAACAAUUUUCUAAAAUUUGUACCCAAUUUACACUUUGAAAGUAAUUGUAUAUAGAAAAUUGGAUUGUUAUUUAUCAGUAAUUAAUACAGUGCUUUCCUACUGCCAAUGUGUUUAUUGUUAUUACACUGGUGUUAAUACAUAACAAAUUGAAAAUAUAUUUGUAUUUAUUGUC